AUACUAGGAAAAUUUCCAUUUUGUGGGUGAAACGGUAGGCAUUGGUAGCACUGGUUUGUAUAUAAUCUUCUAGUGUUUUUACUUGUGAAAUAUUUACAUCGUCUAUCUUCUAUGAAAUAUACUCCGCGCUUUCGAUUUGGCGGUAUAAUGCGGUUAGCAUUACAAAGCUCAGAAUUUCUUUUGGUUUAGAAUUUUUGAAGAAGUAACAUUCGUUACUUACAUUGAAGAGAUGAAGUGUACUACACCAGAAAUUUCUUGGCACAAUCGAGAUCCGGUUUUGAGUAUCGACAUACAGAAUAAAUCCUGUGAAACAUCUGUGAAUGAAGACUUUUGGCGUCUAGCUACUGGAGGAGCGGAUUCUCAUGUUUUGAUUUGGCAUCUUUUGACUUGUGAGAAUAGUGCAACAAUAAUAAAAUGUGUAGCAGACUUGGAACGACAUCAAAAAGCAGUAAAUGUUGUCAGAUUUUCACCAUCUAAAGAAAUUCUUGCUUCAGCAGACGAUGAAUCUGUCAUCAUCUUAUGGAAGCAGAAGGAGGAAUGUGACUUCUUUAUCUCUCCUGAAGACAAUGAGAAUAAAGAACAGUGGUGUUCAUGGAAAGUUCUAAAAGGCCAUUUAGAAGAUGUUUAUGAUAUUUGUUGGUCGCCAGAUUCUACUUCUAUAAUAUCUGGUUCUGUAGAUAAUACAGCAAUUCUAUGGGAUAUCCAUAAAGGUCGUAGCAAUGGUAUAUUAUCCGAUUCAAAAGGAUUUGUGCAAGGUGUUAGCUGGGAUCCUUGUAACCAAUAUAUAUGUACAAUAAGCAGCGAUAGGCAGUGUAGAUUAGUUGAUAUCUCUACAAAAAAGACAGUACAGCGUGUUCACAAGUCUAAUAUUCCUACACCAGUUGAUUAUCCUUUGCGAGGCAAAACAGUUCGUUUAUUCUAUGACGAUACAUUUAAGUCAUUCUUCAGAAGACUAACUUUUUCUAUAGAUGGAAUAUUAAUUAUUGUUCCAUCUGGUAUAAUAGAGCCACAAGAUACUAUAGAAAAGACAUCAAAUGCAACAAUUGUUUUCUCUAGGCAUAAUUUGAAAGAGCCAAUAAUGAUUUUGCCUUCCUUGGAUGAAUGUACAAUAGCAAUUCGAUGUUGUCCUGUUUAUUUUGAACUUAGAAAAGAUGGACCCAUUCCUACGAUAGCAUUACCUUAUAGAAUAAUAUUUGCUGUUGCAACACAACAUUCAAUAUUGAUUUAUGAUACUCAACAAAUUUCUCCAAUUGCUGUGAUAUCAAAUAUUCAUUAUACCAGAUUAACCGACAUUGCAUGGUCUAGUAAUGGCCAUAUCUUAGUGGUAUCUUCUACAGAUGGUUAUUGCUCGAUAAUACAUUUUUCAGAGAACGAACUAGGCCAUGUGUAUAAUGGGAAAGGUGAAACUUCAUUUCCAAAUAGUAAUAAUAACGAAAGAAUUGCCCCGAAUACAAGCUCUGCGAUUGAAACGAAAGAUAAUACUUUACUUCUUGAUAUAGAUACGAAUGCAAUGGAUGUUGAUGUAACAAAAAAUAGAAAAAUAACAACCCAAAGUAUAGAUGAUCAAUGUGAAAAAUAUCAUGAAAAUAAUGACAUAAUCAAACAAAGUAAUUAUAAUUUAUCAGAGGGCAAUUUGUCUAAAUAUGGGAAUAAAAGUGACGAGACGAUAGAAGAAACUGAAGAUAUUAAAUUAGUUUAUAAUGAAGAAAGCGAUAAUGAUACAAAAUCAAUUAAAAAGAAUACGUCCCAUAAAAUGACGACAUCCUCGAUAAUAUCUAAAAAGACACCACGAAGGGUGAAAUUGAUUACUCUUUCCAGUUCUAAAAGAAAAAAAUAACUAACGUCAUUAACUCAUUUAUUUUACCAAGUUAUUAUGUAAAUAAACUACUAUUUCUAUGAAAUAA